GGGCCGGGCCGCGCGGCGCUUCUGCCCUUCCGCAGCCUACAUUGGCUUUCCUUUUUUCUUUUGCUCUCUCUUUUUUUUAUUUUUUUAUUUGCGAUUUUGAACAUUUUGCAGAACCAGGGGUUGGAGGCAGGUGAGAGCAUCCUGGCGCGCUCUUCUGGGACGGUGUGCACCGCGAACCCGAAAGUUGUUUUCGCUUUUUAACAUUUUUUAUGCAGAUGUAUUUAUAAAGAUAAAAGUAAAAAAAAAAAAAUUUUUUUUUUCCUACCCCUGUCUGCACCGCUUGGAAAGCGAGUACUUUUGGCAAAGGACGGACGAAGAGCUCUGCAACAUUUCUGGGACCGAUUAGCUUUCUUUAAAAAAAACACCAAAAAACAAACUGAGUGCAUCGCGAUGGAGAAAAUGUCCCGACAGCUCCCCCUGAACCCCACCUUUAUCCCGCCUCCCUACGGCGUGCUCAGGUCUCUGCUGGAGAACCCGCCGAAGCUAGCUUUCCGUUCUUCUGCAGCAUUUAGCAAAGAUAAAGACAAGGAGAAGAAGCUGGACGAUGAGAGUAACAGCCCGACGAUCCCCCAGUCGGCAUUCUUGGGGCCCACCUUAUGGGACAAAACCCUUCCCUAUGACGGAGAUACUUUCCAGUUGGAGUACAUGGACCUGGAGGAGUUUCUGUCGGAAAAUGGCAUUCCCCCCAGCCCGUCCCAGCACGACCACAGCCCCCACCCGCCCAGCCUGCAGCCGGCCGCCUCGGCUGCCCCCUCGGUCAUGGACCUCAGCAGCAGGGCCUCUGCACCCCUGCACCCUGGCAUCCCGUCUCCAAACUGUAUGCAGAGCCCCAUCAGACCAGGUCAGCUGUUGCCAGCAAACCGCAACACACCAAGUCCCAUUGAUCCUGACACCAUCCAGGUCCCAGUGGGGUAUGAGCCGGAUCCAGCAGACCUUGCCCUCUCCAGCAUUCCAGGCCAGGAAAUGUUUGACCCUCGAAAACGCAAGUUCUCCGAGGAAGAACUGAAGCCGCAGCCUAUGAUUAAGAAAGCUCGCAAAGUCUUCAUUCCCGAUGAUCUGAAGGAUGACAAGUACUGGGCGAGGCGCAGAAAGAACAACAUGGCAGCCAAGCGCUCCCGAGACGCCCGGAGGCUGAAGGAGAACCAGAUCGCCAUCAGGGCCUCCUUCCUGGAGAAGGAGAACUCAGCCCUCCGCCAGGAGGUGGCUGACUUGAGGAAGGAGCUGGGCAAAUGCAAGAACAUACUCGCUAAGUACGAGGCCAGGCACGGGCCCCUGUAGGCUGGCACUGUGGGCUGGCGUUGGCAUAGGUGGACAGCCUGUUUCCUGUCUGAUAGCACCACACCCAGACCAACCUUUCUGACAUCCGCACUUUACCAGAGGCAUAAACACAACUGACUCCCACUUCGGUGUGCAUCCUUGUGAGUGCACGCGUGCGUGUGUGUACAUGUGCUUGUGCUCCUGUGGUCAGCUGUGUGCGUGUGUGUGCACGCGCACGCGUGCGUGUCCCUUUGCACUUGCCAUUUUGAGAUAGCCCUCCUCUCAUCCUCUUUUAAUCCCCCAAAAGAAAGGUGCCACAUUUUUAUUAAACUCUGGAGACCCCGUGGGUUUUCCACCCCUGCCCUUCGUUUUCCAGCUCACCUCCUCUUCUGGGCGCUGUUGGGCGUCUCUAGGAAGGGCCCUGGGAAGAGUGGAUCUCAGUCUUUGGGAAUGCAAGCUCUUGUUUUUGUUUAAUCCAUAAGUAUCCACGCUAAUGAGGUGAGCAGAAUAACUUAGCACUACACUGCAGGCCUACUCACUUACAGGUUGCUUUCCUCCUUUUUUCAGUUUUGGUGAUAAUUGUCUUCAAAUUUAAAGUGCUGUUUAAAUUUAUUGGAUCCCAUAUUUACUUACUGCUACUUACUAAGUUUCCUUUUAAUUCCACCAACCCCAGAUAAGUACGAGUACUAUUAUAGAACACAGAGUGUGUUUUGCACUGUCUGUACCUAAAGCAAUAAUCCUAUUGUACGCUAGAGCAUGCUGCCUGAGUAUUACUAGUGGACGUAGGAUAUUUUCCCUACCUAAGGAUUUCACUGUCUUUUAAAACACAAAAAUUAAAGUAAUGCAUCUGAGCAUGAUCAGAAUAUCCCCAGGACAGGGAAGCAGAGGGCAAUGAGAGGUCUAAGACUGAGGACUUAAUUUAUCAGUACAUGAGCCAGACAAAAAGGUGUCUCAGAGUAGUCUUCGGUGUGUUUGGUUUUGUUGUCGCCCCCUCCCGCACCUACCCCACCCCCACUUUUCUAGUUAACUUUUUCCAUAUUCCUCUCAAUAUUCAAAAAUUACCUAAGAUUCAGUUUCCCCAGUUUUUGUGAUAUAUAUAUAUUUUUUUGAAGUAUAGUUGGAUGUUUUUAAAAGUUAAGUUCAUAAAUUGAUGUUUUGUAAGCCCCUUACUCCCCGUGGUAGUAUUUUUUGAAUGCCUCGUAAAUUAAUGAUUCUGGAGCUUAUGUUUCUUAUUCUCCGUUUGCUUUGGAAAGUAUGUGCUCUUAUGAAGUGGACUCCUGGAAAAAUGAAUGUAAAAAGACACUGGUGUAUCUCAGAAGGGGUGGGUUGCACAGACUGUGGUUCAUCCAAUCAAUUUAAAUGUUUACUAUAGACCAAAAGAAGAGAUUGUUAAAUUGUUUAAUGUUUAUACAGAAUAAUUAUAGGAAGUUCUUUUUGUACAGUAUUUUCAGAUAUAAAUACUGACAAUGUAUUUUGGAAGACAUAUAUUAUAUAUAGAAAAGAGAAAACGGAAAAACUAUUCCAUGUUUUAAAAUUAUAUAGCAAAGAUAUAUAUUCACCAAUGUUGUACAGAGAAGAAGUGCUUGGGGUUUUUGAGGUCUUUAAUAUUUUAAGGCUAUUACUGACACAUCAGCAUGUUUUCUGCUUUAAAUUAAAAUUUUAUGACAGCAUCGAGGCUUGCUGUGACGAAUCCUGCUCCGACGUUUUCUUGUUUAUUAGGUCUCAGAAAGAAGUCAGUUGACAUCACCCAAAAGCACAAAUGGAUUUUAGUCACAUAUUUAUUGGAUAAUACAGUGUUUCUAGGAAAAGCAUCUGCCACAGAAAUGUUCACUUGAAAAGUCUGAUUUUCUGGGUUGGAGCGCGGCUGCCCCGAAGAAUGUUCUCCCCUGUGGGCCGCUGGGUCUGAUGCAUGUAAGGCUGGCACUGGUUUAUGGUUUAUGUGUACAGUUUAUAAAUCGAUAGAUGUUUUGACUUCAAAGAUGAAUGUUCUUUGGUUUCCCAAAGUAGUAUAAUGUCAGGAAAUUGUGCUGUUACUGCCAAGAAGCAUUUUGUGCUAGAUUAAAAUCCCGUUUCAUCAAUGGGAGUUUUCUAGUUUCGUGCCUCCAGAGUAUCUUAAUUCUUUAAUGAUCUGGAAGUCUCCCUGCCGGUCCCUCCACAGUGUUUCUCUCUUGUGUCAUGAUUUUGGGAAAUGUGACCAGUAGGAUAUCGAGUAGCAACUCAUUUUGUUGUGAGAUACAGAGAAGGGCACAGAUGAGGGAAUAUUGGAAUUGAAAUAUACUGUUCAGGUACAUAACGAAUAAACAGAAUCUUUGAAAAUCUUAUGUAGAACUGAAUAAGAGAUAUUCAGCAAGUGCCAUAGAGAAUUGGCCUCUCUAUAGAUGAAGGAGGGGCUAAUUGUGGAAUAGUUACAUUGUUUAACAAAGACAAAUUAUACAUAAAACAAAGACCAAUAAUACCUUUAAGUGGAGAAACAUUGAAGGAUUAUAAUGUGGGCCAUCCAAAUUUACGGAGUUAUCAAAUGGUAGCUGAAAAAAAAAAGUGAGUAUUGAUCUUUCGUGGAAUUAGGUUGUUUGUAUCAAAUAAACAUCACAAAUGUUUUCUGCAGAAGAAAUAAAAAGAUCAUAAUAAAACAUUAUUUUGUGUGACAGGAAAGGUUUCAAAAACCUACCUCGUCUUAAAAAAAAACUAAACAUUUUGGAGUCUGUAUAGGUGCCUUAUAUGUGGGUCAUUGUAAACACACACACACACACACACACACACACACACACACGCACGCACGCACACAUGCGCUCCAGAUUUAGCUGCCUGUCUGUUCAAGGCAACUAGGGAAUAAGGCAGUUCUGAGAACAAGUGGGAAGCCAUGGUCUGAUUGGUAGUGACUUGGGCCCCAGGGUUAAUGAGCGCCUGCAGUCUGCACCUGUGAGAGUCCUGUUGUCAUUUUUCACCCUUUUUUCCUAAGCAUCUUUCAGAGAUUUAAUUACUUGGCCAUGAAUCCAAGCCAUAUCAUGCCAACAUCAUUUAGACAGCUCAGAAUGAGCCGUAUAGGACUUCUAGAUGAGGUCACAUCAUCUUUUGAUUACAUUUGCACAGAAAGGCAAAAAAUGAUGAGCCUCUUCGUGCUCAUGCUACUUUGAGGGAAUGGGUGGCUGUGGGAAGGCUGUAAGUGAUCACCUCUUCCUUUGGAGAAUGUGGCCACUUUGGAUCAUUCAGAAGCACACUGAGCAAGACUGUUACCAGGCUUGGUUGCUGAACACACACAAGUCUCCAUGGAGUCGCCCCUUAAAGCAGAAGGAAUAUUUGAAGAGAGUUCGGAUGGGAUUUUGGCACUGAGUGUAUAGAAACCACAUAAGGUUCCCCAGAGGUUUCUUCUAACCACUGAUUUUGGGGGGGAACUCACAAUGGUUCUAAAUGUACAUCCAAAGGGUCUAUCAUCUGCUUUCAGAGGAGUCAAUGAGAAAGUUAAGGGGCACCCUCUCCUCUGCCCCAGGGUGAGACGGACGUGACUUUCUGUAAAAUGCAAAGUUAGUCCUUGGUUUUUCUAGUAGUUCAUCUAAUUGUCCCCUCAUAUUCCUUUAAUAAAAAAAUCAUGCUUUGUCAUAAUUAGGGAGCUCCCAAAGCAUUAGCCUGCUUGGCUGGGUAGCCACUGGAGGCCUGGAAUUAACAGUGGGCUCAGUCCCUGCAGGUGACCGAAAUGAGGUGUUAUGGCCUCCGAGUGGUGAACGUUCUCUGCUCAGUGUGUCCACUUCCUGCUGAAGGCUCCUAGGUCCCCUCACUGAUGAGGCGAAGUUCUUUAGGCAUUUGCUAAAAGUUAUAUUUAAAAAUGAGCAAAACUUUAUCAUAGGUCUUGAGGAAUUGAAUUUAGCAACUUACUUGAAUGCACUUUUCAGGAGGUGAAAGUAUAUACAGGGGAGUGUGCGUGCAUGUGUGUAUGACAGCUUGAAGACUUAAAAUACUUAAUUUUUGAGCACCUUACCAAACAACAAUAACGCGUUAUCCUUUAGGCAAGACCACAAAGAUCGCAUCUGUUAAACAGGUACAAGAAUCCAUGAGGUUAGUUUAAUUGUACACCAUAGUAUUGGUGGUAUUUAUACUGUUAAGUUCAAAUCUUGUCUGUUGUUCUUAAUGUUUAAUAAAAUUUGAUUUUUUUUUCCUUC